AUGAGCUCAAAACUCGACUACCUGAAGAAGUAUGGAAUGCCAGGAGGCGAGGAUGACGGGAAGAAGAAGAGAAGGAGGAAGAAGACCGCCGGCGGCGGCGUCGCGAAGGACGGGAGGGACGCGGCAAGAGCAGGCGGCGGGGGUCUUCGGAUCAUCGACGACGAGGCGGGCAUGACAACACUCGACAGGAAGCGUGUCAACAAGGCGUGGGAAGAGGAGGAGACGGAAGAGGAGAAACCUGCCCUGGUGAUUGACGACCCCGACGUGGGGAUGAAAGCGCAGUCCGGCUCUUGGACAACCGUGGGAGUCGGAGCCACCGGCAACGGCGGCGGCAACGACGGGGAGGACAUGUCGCCGCCAAGGAGACGGAGGAGGCGGCACGACAGCUCGGAGGACGGGGGCGACGCCUCUCCCCCUCGUAGAAACCCGAGAAAUGGUGGGCGAAGUGACCCCGGGGAUGAUGGAGACGCGUCCCCGCCAAGGAGGCGGAGGAGGCGGCACGACAGCUCGGACGGGGAAGAUGCCUCCCCUGCUCGUCGAAACCCGAGAGAUGGUCGCGGCGGGAGAACUGACCCCGGGGACGAUGGAGAUGCGUCCCCGUCAAGGAGACAGAGGAGGCGGCACGACAGCUCGGACGAGGAAGACGCCUCCCCUCCACGCCGAAAGAACGGCGGCGGCGGCCGUAGUAGGAGCUCCAGGGAAGCCGAAGACGCUUCGCCUCCCCGGCGUCCCUCGCGCGGGGGGGAAUCGCGCGAGAAUUCUUCUCCUCCGAGGCGGAACGGCAGCGGCGGAGGGGACAGGGGGCGUCGUGACGCCGGCUACCGUAGCGGGGGCAGGAACGAGCGCCGUCAAGGAGGGGAUUCCGGCAGGAGCAAAGGCGGCGGCGGCGAGGGGGAAGACGCAUCCCCUCCCCGACGUCCAGGCGGCGGCGAAUCGUCUCCGCCGAGGAGAAGGCGUGAGGGCGGUAGCGGGAGAAGAAGUCGCGAGGAAAACAGCAAAGACGGAGACGCGUCCCCUCCCCGUAGAACGCGGCGGCCGCGGGAGAGGCAUGACAGCAGCAGCGGCAGCGAUGGUUCGGUUCCGCGGGGGAGGACGGGGGCCGCGGCGGGGCGGCGGGGGCGGGAUGAUGAUGCGUCGCCCCCCAGACGAGGAGGACGUCGCGAUUCUUCUUCCCGUGCGGAGGAGGAGGGCGGCGGCGGUGGCGGUAAGAGGCGACGGAGGCAUGACUCUCCGGAGGAGGAUGGGAAAGCGGGUGGCGAUGGCCGUGUGAAAACGUCUUCGGGGUACUACGCGGGACUCCAGUCCGGCAAGGACUUCAAGGUCGUCGAGCAGAACCUCAAGCGCAAGCAUGACGCUGAGAUGAAGGGAGCGGAUAAGAGUAGCUCCGGCCAGGGCGCCGAGACGGUGUACCGCGACAAGAAGGGCCGUAAGCUCGACAUGCUCAACGAGUUCAUGAAGUCGCAGGACGCGAGAGCGGGCAAGAAGGUCGAGGAGGCAAAGGACCAGUUUGCCUGGGGCCGCGGGAAGGUGCAGAAGGAAGAGGAGAAGCAGUGGAAGGAGGAGCUGGAGAACAUCGCCGCAGAGCCUUUCGCGCGCACGGUCGACGACACACGGCUGGAGGAAGCCCGGAAGGCCGAGAUACGCGCGGACGAUCCCAUGGCGGCCUACAUGGCCAAGAAAAAGGCCAAGGAGGGGGUGAAGAGCGGAAAACCCCUCAAGCCAGAGUACAAGGGCCCGCAGCCGAAGCCCAACAGGUUUGGCAUCCGGCCUGGCUACCGGUGGGACGGUAACGACCGUGGAAACGGGUGGGAGUCGAGGAUCGUAGCCAAGGGGGUCGACAACAACUACAAGGCGGAGCUCGCGUACAAGUGGGCCACGGCAGACAUGUAG